CACAAAUCAAAUUUGACCAAUCCAAACCACACCACACUGUCGGUCUGAUUCGUUAGACUCCUGUCUACACCACUCUCUGGGGACACUGCCGCCGGUAGAGCAGCAGCCAGCAAUGAGGAAAGACGGUUCACCGGUCACCGUCUCCGGCAACGCCGUCGGAAAAGUGUUCCUCUGCUUCGAAACUAAACCCUUAGUGGCCACAUUGCUAGCUCUCGCCCUGGUCAUGUUCAUCUGGAACCUCCAACCUUAUUACGAAAACAUACUUUCCACCACCACCCGCUGCUCUGUCCCUACCUCCUCUGCCUCCGGCGGCUCAUCUUUGCCAUUUACUGCCACUCCCUUGGCAGAACAGAAGCUCGUCACCCCCAAGUCCAUCGACCCUAACAAGCGUACCUUCCAAUCGUACGGAAACGCCGCAGCUCUUUUCGUCCAGAUGGGAGGCUACCGCGGCGGUCCCCGAACAUUCGCAGUGGUGGGUCUCGCCUCCAAACCCUUGCACGUGUUCGGCCACCCCUGGUACAAAUGUGAGUGGAUCUCGAACAAUGGUUCUUCCACCAAGGCAAAGGCCUACAAAAUGCUCCCAGAUUGGGGAUAUGGUCGCGUCUACACUGUGGUGGUUGUUAAUUGUACAUUUUCUGUGAAUCCCAACGAGGAAAACAGGGGUGGGAAGCUCGUUCUCUACGCCUAUUAUGGUGAGUCGCCGAAGAAGUAUGAGAAGAUCACCUCCUUGGAAGAAGCACCCGGGUCUUACGAUGAGUCCAAGUAUAGACCACCGUAUGAGUACGAGUAUUUAUAUUGUGGGUCGUCUUUGUACGGGAAUCUGAGUGGUGCGAGGAUGAGGGAAUGGAUGGCUUAUCAUGCUUGGUUCUUUGGGCCUAGGUCCCAUUUUGUGUUCCACGAUGCUGGAGGGGUGACGCCUGGGAUGUGGGCGGCGUUGGAGCCGUGGGUGCGAGCUGGGAGGGCCACGGUUCAGGACAUUAGGGGUCAGGCGGAGUUCGAUGGUUACUACUACAAUCAGUUCUUGGUGGUGAAUGACUGUCUCCAUCGCUACCGACACGCAGCCAACUGGACAUUUUAUUUUGAUGUGGACGAAUACAUUUAUCUCCCCGAUGGGAACACUCUGGAAUCGGUUUUAAAUGAGUUUGGAACUAAUAAUACUCAGUUUACGAUUGAGCAAAAUGCAAUGUCCAAUGUGCUCUGUUUGAACGAUUCCACUCAGGAUUACUCCAGGCAGUGGGGGUUGGAGAAGCUGCUGUUCAGGGAUUCGAGAACAAAGAUAAGGCGAGAUCGCAAGUAUGCAAUACAGGCAAAGAACGCAUAUGCAACGGGAGUGCACAUGUCGGAGAAUGUGAUCGGCGGAACAUUGCACAAGACGGAGACCAAGAUCAGGUACUACCACUACCACAAUUCAAUCACGCAUCACGCUGAGCUCUGCCGUCAAUUCCUGCCAAUGUCCGCCAAGAAUAACAUCACCUGGCUCCACGACACACCAUAUGUAUACGACGACAACAUGAAGAAGCUUGCCGCCACCAUCAAACAAUUCGAGCUCAACACCAUCGGAUCCGUACAAUAUAAUGUCUAUUCCUGAUUUUAUUUUUUUCCUUUUUUCUAUUAUUAAUUUUUUUGCAUAGAUAUAAGGUAUAUCUUUUUUGCUUUAUUUUGCCUUUUCUCUGGAUGGGGACCUUCUCACUCACCGACACCAUCAAUACCAACCCUUCACGCGUGGUCAUGAAUAUAUAUGGUUUUGCUGAGGCCAUAGUCGUGCUCCUCUCUCCUCCACCCACAUGGCCACAUCUACCGCUGGAGCCAGUGGUCAGGAGGACGACACUAAUGAAAGGGAAAUGAUGCGCCCAGCCAAAUUUGGGUUUGUUGGUAAAUGGUCGGCGUUUCAUUUGCAUUCGUUUAUAUUUCAUUUCUUUCUUCUUUUUCUCUCUUUAUAUAUACAAGUAAGUAUAAAUAUAAUGUUAACGGAGAGAGAGAGAGAGCGAAAAAGUGUGUAUGUGUUUCUUGACUAUGUUCUUGCUCUGGACACAUUUUUGGGAUAAUUGCUAUUUUAUAAAGAAGAUUUAAAUUGGCACAACAAACUAUAUAUGUAUAUAGACAUGCAGCGACAGUACGUUGUGGCACUGGCAUUUGGCAAGUGAUUUAAUG